AUGUCGUUUAAUCAUAAACCAGCUUCAUUAAUAUCUUUUAACCAUCAACCAUCAUUUCAAGUCUAUCGAUAUCCGAAUAGUAAUAAUAAUGAUGGUAUGAGAUGCGAUUACCAAAACGAACCGCAAUACAAUUAUUAUAAUAACAAGUAUCGAAAUGAUAAUUAUUUUUCGAAUUCAUCCUAUUAUCAGUAUAAUCAUAAUUUAGAAUAUUCGAACGCAAACUGUAAUUACACAAACUUUUCAAAUAUUUCGAAUAAUCAAAACUCGUAUUUAACAUCGUCACCGGUGUCAUCGUCGUCCUAUAAUUCUUCAUCAUAUAAUUGGCAGAAGUCUCAAACAGAAAAAAACUAUUCACAAAAGGGAGCUCCGCGUCAUCCAAAAUAUGAUCGAAAUAACCCAUUUCAUUUUACUUCACAAGCUGUUACUACCACGGAUACACGACGACAACCAAAGAAAAAUGAUUCAAGAAUAAAAACUAAGGCAAAACGUUUGCGUGAAUUAGCCAAACUAAAAAAACACACGAUAACACCAUCUAUACUAAAUACAGCAACAAAUCCACUUGAAUCAUGGAAAAAAUCAGUAAAAAAAACAAAUAUCAAUGAAGGACUAGAACAAAAAUCACAAUAUUUAGAAACAAUGUUACGCUUAAAACAGAAAUCAUCCAUAUCAUCGUCAACAUUUGAUCGAACAAGAUUUGCUGAUGAUGAAACAUUAACAAAUACGACGGGAGUGACUAACACAUCAGUUGAGACAUUAACACAAUUAGAGUUAAUCAAUAAUAUACAUGAACACUCAGAUCUCGCUAGAAUAGAAAACUUUUUAUUUAACAAUACUAAUGAAAUGGCCACUCAGCCACCACCGCCACUACAACAGGAACAAAUGCCAUUAUCAUCGACGGUUGUAAUCAAUGUCGAACAUCAUGAAACUAAACAAAAGGAAAUUGUAAGAAAACCCGGUCAAGGCUUUCUUAUUGAUUGUGAUGAAGAUGAUGUAGAAGAACAACAGGAACCGUCAAACUCUGAGGAAUUAAAUGAGGAUCAACUCGAGCGAAUAUUAUCAGAUUCAGUGUUAACUGUUCCAGACACCAAUCCAAUAUUCAAAAAGAAAUUGAAAAAGAAGAAAAAAUUGCUUAUACGAAGUAAAAAUGAACCAGAAAAGAAAAAGAAAAAAGAGCAAAUAGCUACCGAAGAAGAAUCAUUAUCAAAUUGGAUAGUCGAAUUUCCCACUACAUCAACGACAGAUGAUCAUUCGGUAACUACUACUACUGCUACCACUACUACUACUACUGCAGCUGAUAUGGAACUUUUGAACAGCAUGCUUGACUAUGAUAAUUCUUCUACAAAUGUUCAUUUUCAACUAUUAUCAUCCAAUGAGAAAUUAAACCGUCCUCAUGUCGACAUGAUAUUGACUAUGAUUAAGGAUCAACAAGAACAACUAAAAAAACUACGAUCAUGUGUUAUGAUGGCAUUAGGUAUUUCACCUAAUUCUAGUCGAAAAUCAGCAACAUCAUCAACAACUAAAAAAAUAAAUUCAUCAGAUAUUAGUGAAGAUCUGAUUAAAACAUUUUUGAGUGCGCAGCAAACCUUUGGAUGUUGGCUAUGUUCAGGAAAAACAUUUAGUGAAAUGAGUGUACAAACAGAUUGA